GAAGUAUGAAGCAGACUUGGAGUGAGGAUGAGAAGAGAGGCAAGAGGGUAGAAAGAGGGCUUGAUUUUGAUAGCACAUCGCAUAAUGAUAGUCAAGUUUUAACUAAGAAAUUGAUUGAGAUUCUUGGGUUUAAAUAAGCACAGUUCUAACUUCAGCAAAUUAUCUCUUGAGCAACUUCAAAAUAUAAUGGCUCAGGUGUACCAAAAUAAAAUCAUCGACCAAGACAAUUUCCUAGAAUCAGAACAACCCAAAAGAAUUUCUAUAGCUAACAUUUUAUCCCAUAAAGACUCUCCUACAAAGCAAUUGAGUGCAACAACGCCUACUGAGAAGAUACUGCCAGCUCCAAUUAAAGAGGUGCAGAAAAAGAAUUGGCAUCACACUCUCUACCACCUCUCUCCCACUGGAAUCUUGAAUAAACUUGAUAAAUGAAAGUAUAACUGGUGUAAAGAGAAGGCAGAUAGACUUAAAAGGGAGGAUGGUAUACAAGCUACGAAUAAAAGAGUUGCUAGGAUCUCUUCAAAGAAUAUCAAAUAAUCCUCAAUCAAUUUCCCCUCCUUCAAGCUCUUUAAGAAAAUUCAGGAUCGAACAAAAGGUAUUUGACGAUACUGAGUAUCGCAAGAACAGAAAAGGCCUCACUUCAGAGGAAGUUAGCACUUAUGAGCAAUACAUUCAGAAGAAAUUUGGGAUUUUAACUAAGGAUACAAAGAAUAAGAAAUGGGAAAAAGAAAUCAAAGAGAUGCAUCUAAAGACCAAGUCUAAUAAAUCUAUCCUUCCUAAACAAGAGCUCUCAGAUAGUUCUAUCAAAAAUAACAAGUUUAACAAAAUGUUCAACAAUAUGGGAAUUACAAUGACCGACUUUGAAGACUCUGGCAUGAUAGAACCAUGCAUGAAGGAAGAAGACGUAAGAAGAAUCAAAGAGACUGAACAUUUCUUAGAACGCUCAAAUAGCAAACACUCCUCAGAAUCUCGUUCACCUGAGUUUGAUAACAAAUUUCAUCUUCAGAGAGAAAUUGACAUGCAGAAAACUCGGAAUACACUGGAUGUGUUCAAGUCUGCUGAUGGGGUUGAAAACUCUAUGAAUGGACUACUCACUUCUAAAUCUAAAUAAAGAGUUUAAACUAGAUAUUAGAAGUUUCAAAUAAUAAAGGCAUUGAGUUCAUGAAUCCCAAAGCUGCAGAACAAUCUGCUCUGCUUCGACAAAGAAUCGACAAAAUGAAUAAAGAAAGUAAAAAUCGAUUGAAGGCAAAGAAAAGCAAAAUCCAAAGGAAAAAUAUCCGAAGGCUCAAGGAAUUUCAGAAACAGUUGAUGGACAUUGACAAAGAUCCAAAAUGACCUAUGAGCAGAAGGAUAAAGCCAGGAAAUUUCCGACAUAUUGAAAUAAAGAAUUCUCUGGAACCAAGGAAGAGAAGCUAUCGAUUACCCCAAAUUCAAACUCCGCGAUCAAAUUCUCUAUCUUCCAGAACACAUGAUGCGUUUCACUCAGGAGAGUUAACCCAAGAGAUGUUCAAUGAUCUAUCUUGAUACAUCUCACAAAAGUAUGGAGUCUCUGAAGAUAUAUUGAAAGAUGUACAGAACUUCAACUUCGAAGAAGUAAAGAAAGGAAUAAACCAGAGAGCCCAACAUAAAUUUAUAAUCAUGCUCAAAAGGGUCAUUGAUGGGAAAACUAAGACUGGAGGAACCCUCUCUCAAAAGAAAAAGAAAAGCUUUUACCCUAAUUCAACAAUUAAGAACUUCCUCGAUGACUUACUGGGUCAAACAAAGAAUAAAUACAUAAACAAUCAGAUGCGAAUUUUCAGGAAUAGUGUCAUGAGUAAAGAUCCUUCAUAUAAGAAAGUACCCCAUGUCUUUAACAGGAUGCAGGAUGAUGUCCGUAGAAGAGAAAAUGAUAGUGACCAAUUCAGCAAGAGUUAUUUCAAAAAGAAUUAAUUGUUCAAUAACUACUGUAUUCAUGCUGAGAAGAGCGAAAGUAAGCUAACCUAAUUUAAAUUUCAACCC